AUGGCUUUGAAACGAAUACAGAAGGAAUUAAAUGAUUUGCAAUGUGAUCCACCAGCCCAGUGCUCUGCGGGCCCAGUAGGAGACGAUCUGUUUCAUUGGCAAGCGACCAUCAUGGGUCCAAGUGAUAGUGCGUAUCAAGGAGGUGUGUUCUUUCUGACAAUUCACUUUCCAACAGACUACCCAUACAAGCCCCCUAAAGUUGCCUUCACGACGAAGAUCUAUCAUCCAAACAUAAACAGUAAUGGGAGCAUCUGUUUGGAUAUUUUGGGAUCACAGUGGUCUCCUGCAUUAACUGUAUCAAAAGUUUUGUUAUCUAUAUGCUCAUUACUGUGUGAUCCUAAUCCGGAUGACCCACUUGUACCAGACAUAGCACAGAUCUACAAAUGUGAUGAAGAAAAAUACAACAAAAUGGCGAGGGAAUGGACUAAGAAGUAUGCAAUGUAA